AUGCCGGCUGAUAUAAACGACGACGCAUCAGGAAUCAAGGGAGAAAUGGAGAGAGAAAUCGUCCUCGGGAGAAAUAUACACACAGAUUGCUGGGAGGUUAAGGAACCUGAUGCUGAUGAUGAGGUCACUGGAGAACGGAAAGCGUCCAUGGCUAGUGUCUUGGCUCCGUAUCGGAGGACCUUAAUUGAACGAACCAAAAAUCAUUUAGGUUAUCCCAUUAAUCUCGAUUUUGAGUAUGGUGCAUUAGCCCAGUUUCAACACUUCUCCAUCAACAACCUUGGAGAUCCAUUUAUUGAUGAGAGCAAUUAUGGUGUACAUUCCAGAGAGUUUGAAGUCGGUGUGUUAGAUUGGUUUGCCCGACUGUGGGAAUUAGAGAAGAAUGAAUACUGGGGAUACAUUACAAAUUGUGGUACAGAAGGCAACCUUCAUGGUAUACUAGUCGGGAGGGAAGUAUAUCCAGAUGGAAUCCUGUAUGCCUCACGAGAGUCUCAUUAUUCAGUUUUUAAAGCAGCAAGAAUGUACAGGAUGGAAUGCGAAAAGGUUGAUGCUCUGGCACCGAAAGUCACCUUUAAGAAACCUAUUGGAAGUGUGAGUGUCUCGGGCCACAAGUUUGUGGGAUGCCCAAUGCCAUGUGGUGUCCAGAUAACAAGAUUGGAGCACAUUAAUGCACUCUCGAGGAAUGUUGAAUACCUAGCUUCUCGGGACGCAACUAUGAUGGGAAGCAGGAACGGGCAUGCACCAAUCUUUCUCUGGUAUACCUUGAAUAAAAAAGGAUACAGAUGGUUCCAGAAAGAAGUGCAGAAAUGCCUUCAGAAUGCUCACUAUUUGAAAGACCGUCUUAGGGAUGCCGGUAUUGGGGCAAUGUUAAACGAACUCAGCAGCACCGUUGUUCUUGAACGUCCUCUGGAUGAAGAGUUCAUUCGCAAGUGGCAGCUCGCAUGCCAAGGAAAUAUUGCUCAUGUGGUGGUUAUGCCCAAUGUUACAGUCGAAAAGCUCGACAAAUUCCUGAACGAACUUAUUACUCGACGUGCAACAUGGUAUGGUGAUGAUGGGAAGCAUCAGUCUCCUUGUGUUGCGUCAAAUAUAGGCAAAGAGAAUUGUCUUUGCUUUCUGCACAAGUGA